AUGGCUUGGUACGGAAGGUGAGAGAGAAAGAAAAAGAAAACACGCUAGAACUGUGGAAGAAGAGUGAAGAAGAAGAGUACAACCGUUUCAUAUACUUGCUAAAAAAAAGAAAACAUAUUUAUUCGACAAAACAAGGUUGCUAAACUAUAAGGUGGUGUGGGAUUCAGUGGAUCAAAGCUGGAGCUGGCGCGGCGUAUGCGAAUGGCGCGGCGGCGAAUUUGGCGACGGGAGCGGCGUAUGCGAGCGGAGCGGCGGCGAUCUUUGCGACGGGAGCGGCGUAUGCGAGCGGAGCGGCGGCGAUUUUAGCGACUGGAGCGGCGUAUGCGACUGGAGCAGCAGCGAUUUUAGCUACCGGAGCGGCGGCGAUUUUAGCUACCGGGGCAGCGGCAACGAUAGGAGCAGCGGCUGCUUCUUUCCGCACCACGGCGUUGAAUCCAUUAACUGGGUCGGCAACGUAAUCGACUGUGCGCCUGGUGCCGUCAGCCUCGAUCAGCGAGUAGCUGCCUUGGACGAUGUCUCCGUCGCGGCUCUCCUGCUGGCUCUUCGCGUCGCCGGUCAAACUGUCGUGCACGUCGUAGGCAUAGCUGUACUGAGGAUGCGGGUCGAAGUCGGCGUCCACGGCCUUGGCUACCACGGCCUUGGCCACGGGGGCAGCCGCCACUGCAACCGGCGCCGAGUACGCCAAGUGCGCUGCUGGAGCGUAGGCCAGAGGUUCCGCCGUGCGGAGGAGCCCGGCGUUUGCUGCUGCUACGAAAGCGGUGAGGACGAUCAACUGCGAAACAACAAGUUCUUGGACGAUCGACGACCGAUCACGCGUACGUGGAGGAUUAUCGAAAUUACGAACGCAGACCUGGCGUUUCACUUUCAAUUCGAGCGCAGAAUAAGAAGCACCGUUCGAACGGUUAUUCUGUUCGUUAGAAGAAGAGAGGAGAAGCCUCUCAGUACUAACUCUUUGCGCUGGAUCGAAGUAAAUACGUCUUGAUGAAUCGAGAAGGGCAACACAUCGAGCAAAUUACAAUUACUCCUAAGUUCGUGAUACCUUGAAGGCCAUUGUAGCUCGUUCGAUUGCAGGAUCUUCCGAUCUGUUUGUCUGUCUGUCUGUGAUGCGAAUGAUACCGCAGACGGGUGGUUUUCGGCUUUUAUACCGCCGCGACCAGGACCCACGGGCACGCUGACGUAACUGGGUGACGGUACCUUCGACGGUCACCCGAUUUGCGGCCGCCAGAGUGGUACAACAUUGAGCAACAGAUCGGACUACGCCCAACGCGAACAAUUCGAUCAGCCGACGAUAACCGUUGGACCAUUGUGGUACACCUUCUUCGUCGACUAGGACUAGGCCACGUCCUUGCCACGAGUUACUUCAUCUCCUUCCUCGAGGCUUCUCUUCGGUCGGGAACGCCCUGACAGUUUCUUGCCCCUAUACUUUUUCUCUAUUAUUCAUUAGCCUUAUAUAUUUUUCUUUGUUUGUCGUUUCGUCGUGCUUGAAAUUUAAUAUCCAUUUUCUGUCAUCGAAUUAACGUCUGCGAAAUUGCACGAAUUGCACUCGUAACGUGUACGUGAAAUUAUGUUUUUUCUUUUUUUUUUUUUUUUCUUGUAGGUCUUACACUUGAUAUACAUAAGUACAUGGAACGAAAUUCGAUAGAUAAAUAUGUAGAUAAAUAGGUAGUUUAUUGAACUACAAAUUGAUAAUUGGUUUAAUUAUGAAUUUCAUGUAUGAUUACCUGUACGGUACAUAAAUCGUGUAUCUUUCGCUUAACAUUUAACAUCUCAUUGAAGUGAUUUUGAACAAGAUUGAUACAUCAUCGUGUAGAGGAAAGUGAAAGUGAUGGAGGAAAAUGUACACGAUAAAUUACAAUACUUCGAGAGAAAUUCUAAAUGCAGCGUCACAACGAAUUAUAUUUAUUGUAACUAUUUUGUUUUUUUUCUUCUUCGAAAUAUGUAAUUAAGGAAAUGAUACUCGAGUCUAGAUUUACUUAUUUUAUUUUAUUCUGUUAUCCCUCGAACUUCAAUUUUCUUGAAGCGAUAUUACAAUAUAAAUACGCGUUAGAGUUGAUUAUAAUUCUCGUUUAUCACAAGACGAUAAGAAAAAUUCGAUGUUUAAAUGCCAUUGAAUUUUUAUUAUCAUCCACUUUGCUGUAAUCUCAUACUCGUUCGUGAAGAAAUGGAAUGAAAUAUAAUUAUAAAAAAUUAAAUUAAAUUGAAUAUAAAUUGUAAAUAUAAAAUAAGUACAAAUCUAUUCGAGGAAUUUGUUGCGACAGUUUCAUUAAUUAUUGUCUCGGAAAUCGAAAGUAUUGUUCGUCGUCGAAACCGCGAGAAGAGCACGAUAAUUAACAAAUGAAAUAAUUAUUCACGACUUAUUGGAUUUACUAUAAGCCAGUGGUGUGAGAAAAAAAUUGUACAUCGCAUGACCUUGAGUUCCUCCAUAAUUGGUGAAAUCAACUGGUCUUUUUUCACGGUAUGAAAAAAAAAAAAAAAAGAAGAAGAAGAAGAAAAAAGAAGAGAACGAGGUUGCGUAUCGGUGACGUAAGAAGUUGAUGACGUAAGAAGUUGAUCGGAUUUUGCACGAUUGACGGGUGUGCAGGGAAAUUUUUAUUAUGUCAACUUGUUAGAGGGACAUUGUUUUUGCUGUGUCUCCUUUAAUAGCUUAAAACUGGUAGCGUGCGGCUUCCUUCUCUUUAUGUCUUUCUUUCUUGUUUUUUUCGUCUAGACCCACACUGCAGGCGACACGGUUCAGGAUACACUUUUAAUCAGAAUGUAAAUCGACUAAGACUUUAUUUGUAAAAAUAAGAAAAUCAAAACGCUUGUUUCUUUCUGUUUCUUUUUUUCAGAUUAGCUAG